GUACUCUCUAAUUUUGAUUCAUAACCUGCUAGAGUAGGCACUUUCUAUUCUGCAUUCGAAAUAAACAAGUGUCAGAUCGAGAAUAUCUACCUUAUUAUCCAAAAGGGAAUCGGGUAAAGCAAACUCUAUCCUAGGAGGAGCACGGAUUUAGUCAAGAAAUAACGAAAAGCCAAAAAAGGAGAAAAAAAAUUUUAAAAUGGAAAAAUCAGUUGGAAUCCUCAUUGCUAGUACUAUUUGCUUGUUCUUCCUGUUAGGGAUUACACAAGCCUCUAAAGAAUCAAAAAAACCUCAUUUUUUUGUAGAAGGAAUUGUCUAUUGUGAUCCUUGUCGUUCGAUAUUCAAAACCAACCUUAGUGUACCCUUAGAAGCUGCUGGUGUACGGGUUCGUUGCACAGAUCCUAAAACUCAUAAGGUCACCUUCGAUAUGCCCAGUGUAACCAACUCUACCGGAUUUUAUAGCGUACGAGUAGAAGGAGAUCACAAGAAUGCUAUAUGCAGUGUCCUAUUGAUGGAAAGUCCCGUGGAAAAUUGCAAUGAGACUCCAUGUGGAAAGCUUGACUAUGAAACAUUCAAUGUUACUCUCCCUAGCAACAAAAACAACGAUAACAAUAACGGAAAUAUACGUAGAGUUAAUGAUUUCUAUUUUUUUGCCAAAGAAGCCUCACCAAAGUGUAAACGAGAAUUCGAAAAUAUGCAAGAUAUACCUAAACUUAAACACAUGAUCAGGUGUGGACCAUUCACGUACAUGUAAUCUGCCAAAUUAAAAAGAUUAAAACUGCUCAAGAGUUUAUUUAAUGGACUAUAUAUUUUAAACAUAUCACCAAACAUAAGGGACUAUUUUGUCGUUUUGUCUCAUUAUUUACAUUUAAUUUUCUCAUUUUUAUGUUGUUUAAUUUGUAUUAAUUUUGACAUUGGUAUUGGGGCUUAAGGGCUUUGUAAAGUUUAUUCAUUUAGAGCUUAAUUUGUAGCAUAGCUUUUCAAUCGAUGUAUUAUUUCGAUUGUAUGUAAUGUGUUUUUCUCAGAAGAAGUUUUGGUUGCCUUACCUGUAUAA